CGUGCCAUUGAAACGUACCGUUCGUUUGAUCGAACGCGACAACAAACAUCGCAAGAGUAACGAGACAAAUAUGAGCGACUCGAGUAGCAGCAGUUAUUCUGCAGAGGCGCCUGCCCGUGCGAACGAGCGCGAGCGGGAGCGACUUGCGAGGGACGAGUACGAGCAGCGGCGGGACAGGGACGGCGACGCGAGCCACCCACCGGGACCAGGAUCAAGACCAGCAUCAGGAUUAGGAUCAGGAUCAGGAUCAGGAUCAGGAGCAGGAGCACUGGCUGGAGGAGCUCAGCACGACCGCGGCGAGUCGCGCAAUCCACAUGCAGGCCGCGACGACGGCGACUACCGCAGCAGUAGCAGCAGACGCAGCGCAGAUGACGCAGAUGUGAACAACGCAGCCAGCGCGAGUCGCCCAGGGAGCUCGGGCGCCGACCGAUCGCGAGGUGGCAGUGCAUCUGCGGACCAGUCUGGAGCCGCUCGCUCUGGCACCGAUGACCACCACCAGCACCAGCACCAGGACACCACUCAGCACACAAGCCCAGAGUCGGUGCGCACAGUGCACUACCCCGCAGGACGGUCGGGCGGACUGCUGCCGCGACCCGAUGCCAGCAAACUGUUGCCACAGCCUCAGUUCCAGCAGCAACACCAGCGCAACCACCAGUUUGGCAAUGGGCAUCGCCAGCACCACCAGCAAGUCGACGUGCCGCGAAACCCGACGGACGCAACAACUCAGAUGGUCGCGUCACAUUACAACGCUCGCCCCAUCCUGGGCUAUGAGAAUCGCGACACGAGUGAGAUUUUCCACCUUCGCCAGUUCAACAACUGGGUCAAGAGCGUCAUGAACCUCACGUACGUCUCACGAGGCGACCACGUCCUCGACUUGUGCUGCGGAAAGGGCGGCGAUCUGCAAAAGUACCGUGUCGCUGGCGUCAAACGUGUGAUUGGAGCCGACGUGGCCGAGAAUGCCAUCGCAGAGUGCCGUCAGCGCGCAGCCAACAUUAACAACUUGCCCUACACGUACCAGUUCUUUGUCGCCGACUGCUUUUCCGUGCGAUUGCGGGACUACUACCCGCCUCCGCCGCAGCAGCAUCCGCGCCGCCAGGGCACUGCCGCCCAGUGGUUUGACGUGACCAACUGCCAGUUUGCCUUCCACUACUCGUUCGAGACGGAGGCGAAGGCCCGCACCUUUUUGCUGAACGCCUCGGAGCGUCUUGUCGAAGGCGGCAAGCUGCUGAUCACCACCCCGAGCGCCGACCGCAUUGUCGAUCGUCUGCGUGCCGUCGAGGGCUGGGAAUUUUCCAACCCCGUCUUUUCCAUCAAGUUCAACCCUUCGCAGUACACGGACAAGGAGACCUUCCCGAUCUUUGGCGCCAAGUACACUUUCAGUCUUCAGGAGGCGAUUGAGGACUGCCCCGAGUUCCUCGUCCACCUCGGUACCCUGUACGAGCUGGCUGCCGAGUACGGUCUUGAGGUCAACCUGGUCGAGUCCUUCCAUCAGUUCUUUGAGCGCAACAAGGACCGUCAUGGCGACCUUCUGGUCAAGAACAAGGUUCUUCCGCUGUCGCAGGACGAAUGGGAUGUCGUUGGUCUGUACGACGUUAUUGCACUAACCAAGCGGCCACACACACUCCAUUUGCCAGUGUUUCGUUAACCUGUCGUUUGCUAGAUUUGAUGUCAGUGCGGUUCUUUUGUGACACAUGGUCAAGCGAAGACAAAAUUAACUUUGAAAAAAAAAACAAUACAAAUAAUACGC